UAUUCCCAAGCCCACCAUCUCUCUGUCUCGACUGCCUUGCCUCACAGAGCCAAUGUCUAGGCUGUCUCCCUAAUGCAAACGUGAAUUAACUUCUCAGUAAUGGAGAUCGCUGUGAACCGGGGCGCUCGCAUUUCCACCUAAGCGGAGUGAGACAGACAGCACGGACGAAUAACAGACUCGACGUCGAUGAAGUGUGCGAUUUAAUAACUGGAGCACCGCGUCCGUUUAUCAUACUCUUGCUUAUAAGCGUUUUUUUAAACUCUCAAAAUAGAGCCUAAUUCGGCAAGUUAUCGCCAAUAACACCAGGAUAACAAGUCUGUUCAACCUCUCUACAGACCGACAAAUAGCUAAGUUGAUGACUCAGAAGGAUUCCUUUCUCUUGGCCACUUCAUCACUGUCGUUGAAGACGGAUUAUCCAAACCAUUCAACAAGGAAACUCCUUCCUAUCGAGACCUUGGCUCCCGAAGAAUGAGCUACCAAUGAGUCAUCCUCCAGCCCUCUCGUCUCUCCCUGGCUGGGGAGUCUUCUAGAAGGGGGCCCCUCCUGACCACCAUGAAAGGGUUAGGAGCCAACCGCAACCGCCACCUGUCCGACUCCUGCGACCCCACCCAGGGCCCCCCGGAGCCCCUGUACCCCCACCAGGCCUCCACCCUGCCUCGGAGCCCCUACCUUCUCAGCCCCACCAGCAUGGACCACUACGGCACCAUGGACCCGCACCACUACAACCCCUCAGUGGACCCCCACUACAACCAGGGCUCCCUGCCCCCGGACUACUCUCUCCCCCUCAACAACCAGCUGUCCAACAGUAGUACCUUCCCCCGCAUCCACUACAACGCCCACUACUACCCGUCCGACCUCUCCCCGCCGCAGGAGGACAGCAUCGGGGGCAUUAGGACGGGAACCCUGGGCACCUCCAUGUCCAUGGGCAUGGGGAUGGGCAUGGGGAUGCAUGGCUCGAGUGGCAUGGGGGGCCUGCAGAGCAGCCGUGGGUCCAUGAUCACCAGUGGUUCGGCCACCAUCUCCGGCGGGGCCAAGAUGAACCGACAGCUUGCGCCUAACCUGCUGGAUCAGUUGGACAAGCAGCUGCCUGGGGGGCCCAGAGAUGGCUUCAGCACACUGCAGUUCCACCGGAGCACAUCGGCCGCCCUCUCCGCCGCCUCCAAGCAGCGCACCGACAGCCCUGGGCGCAUCCGUAACCUGGUGUGCUCCGUCCAGAAGCUCUUCGCCAAGUCACAGUCCAUGGACGGCCACAACCUCAAGGGCGUCAACGGGCGAUCGGGAGCAGGAAGCGGCAGUGGUGGGACCUCAUCCGGGACCGAAGACGGUGGGAAGCGGGACCAGCGAGCAAAGAGCAAAGACCGGGGCGGGGCUAAGUCAGACAGGGGCGGGACGGGAAAGCGGCGGCCGCGCUCCAACAUGUCGGGCUACUGGAGCUCGGACGACCUGGACAGUGCCGACCUCAGCAACUACCGCAACCCCAUAGCCAUGACACUGGGACGACCCACAGCCCACGCCACCCAGCACGCUACCCACGGUACUACCUACGACUCCCAGCAGGGGGCAUUACAGCAGCAGCAGCAGGGGCAGCAGAGCCGCUACGUGGUCCACAGCGGAUACAACACCAUCAGCUCAUCCAAGAGCAACAACGAGGUCAUGAAGUACCAGCAGGCACUGCUGGGUCCUGGGGAUGGAGGUGGGGGAGGAGGAGGAGGAGGAGGAGGAGGUGGAGCUGGGAUCAGCAUGGGGGUGAACAGUAAUGACUAUAUGAAGGGGGGUUCAUGGUCGACGCUGACCCUGGGACACCCCAGACAGGUGCUGCAGAAGGGCCACUCAGCCACCCUGGACCGGUCCAUGCUCAAGUCCAAGUCGUGCCAGCAGGAGCUGGCCUGCCACUACCUGCAAGUGGGCCGACGGGGGGACUGGAGUAACACGCUAGGUCGCAGCGGUGGGGGAGGCGGAGACAAUGAGAUCCCAUGCAGGCGCAUGCGGAGUGGCAGCUACGUGAAGGCCAUGGGUGACCUGGAGGACAGCGAUGACUCGGACGGCAGCAUCAAGCCCUCGCCCAAAAUGGCCGCCCGCCGCCAGAGCUACCUCAGGGCCACCCAGCAGUCUCUGAGCGACCAGCUACCGUCACGCAACUGUCUUCCCUCUCUGAGAGAGCUGUCCACCAACCGUAGCCUGGAUAACCUGGACUGUCUGGGGGGUCCGGUGGGGGGCUCCCCGUUCCCCCGCUGGGACGAUGAGGACUUCAGCCAGGGUGGCACCCUGGGGAGGAGCAGCUGCUUGGGCCAGCUACGAGACCUGGAGAUGUUGAGCCAACGCUACGAGGAUAGCUGCUCCGAGUCGGCGUUCCGAGAUUCCCACACACUCUCGCGCUCCCAUUUCCAGGCAGUGGAGCCUCCAGAUCUACCCAUGCCCACGUGCUUCCGAUCUCGUAGCCAUAGUUACCUGCGAGCCAUCCAGGCCGGAUGCUCGCAGGAUGACGACACUGCUUCCGUGGACUCUGAUUCGCCGCCGCCGACCGCCACUACUGUUCGCACCUACAGCACCAGCACUGUCUCCACAUGCAUCACAACCUGUAAGAAGCCGGCGCCCCCGCCCGUGCCGCCCCGCACCACAUCCAAACCCUACAUCUCGGUGACGGUGCAGAGCAGCACUGAGUCGGCCCAGGACACCUACCUGGAUCACCAGUCUGAGCGCGACCGCCGCAGUGAGACCAUCACCAGCCUGUCUAGCCAGGCCCACAGCAAUUCCUCCGACAGCCUCGACAGCACGCGCGCCAACAGCCUGGCUCGGGGUGUCCCUCGGCCCAUCCCCGUCCCCGUCGCCACCCACCGGGAACCCCUUGCCACCACCGUCCACCACACCAUCACCGGGACUGACACCAAUGACUUCCAGCAUGAACCCCUGAGUACGGGCGCCAACAGAGGGAGCCUGACAGCAGAGGAGCCACGAGCGGACAUCGUGCCCCGGAGAAAGCUCUCCUCCAUAGGGAUACAGGUUGACUGCAUUCAGGAGGAAGCCCAGCGAGAGGAGACACCGACAACGCCAUUGACCAGAUUCCAGUCAAUCGGAAUCCAGGCGGACGACGGUUGGCAGCUCAGUCACUCCAGUAGCAUGGCCUCCAAGCAGGAGACAGACUCUGACAGACAGGACCUUCCCAUCAACUCGCACACCAACUCCCACGCCAAGCCAGCCGCCGAGAAGAAGAGCAUGGUCAACAGUGCCUGCCAAUCCAUGGACUCGCCCCCGUGCGGCGGCCAGGUCAGCAAGGGCAACGGAUCAAAUCCCACCACUGACACCAGUACGUCGCCACCUCCGCUUCGGCAGAUCCUCAACCGCUCCACCACACGGUCCGACUCCUCCGACUCCUUCUCCGAGAGCAUGGAUCCGGCCCUGGACCCCUCGUCCCUGCCCCCUCCGGACCCCUGGCUGGAGAGCGGGAACGGAAAUGGCGGCAGCGGGAACCCUAACUCGGUGCCCCCUCCUGGCCCUGCCUGCCGGCGGGACGGCCACUGGUUCCUCAAGCUGCUGCAGGCGGAGACGGGCCGCAUGGAGGGUUGGUGCCAGCAGAUGGAGCAAGAGACCAAAGACAACCAGCUCUCAGAGGAGGUGUUGGGGAAGGUCCGCAGUGCAGUGGGCAGUGCUCAGCUCCUCAUGACCAAGAAAUUUGAGCAGUUCAGAGGACUGUGUGAACAAAACUUGAAUGUGAACGCCAACCCGCGGCCCACAGCCCAGGACCUGGCGGGCUUCUGGGACCUGUUGCAGCUCUCCAUCGAGGACAUCAGCCUCAAAUUUGACGAGCUCUACCACCUCAAGUCCAGCGACUGGCAGCCCCCUGCCGUGGCCCACUCGCCCCCCGAGCGGAAGGAGGACAAAAAGGAGCCCCCUCCUCCAGUGCCAAAGAAGCCCGGUAAGGGGAGGCCGGUGCUGGGCCGCGAGAAGAGCGCAGACUCGGCCUCGUCCACCUCUUCGGCGGAGAAGCAGCGGACGGAGGCCCGCAAGCGCCUACUGGCUGCCAAGAGGGCUGCCUCGGUCCGGCAGAACUCAGCCACGGAGAGCGCCGACAGCAUCGAGAUUUAUGUCCCUGAGGCCCAGACCCGCCUCUGAGAGAGAGUGAGAGAGAGAGAAAGUGUGUGAGAGAGUGUGUGAGAGAGUGAGAGAGUGAGAGAGAGAAAAUAAUGGUCUCCUCACCAUACACACAGGGUAGGCUGGUGUUGGUGGGAGCCAGUCUAGAUGGAGUGAGAAAGAAAGAAAGAAAGAGAGAGAGAACUUUUGGCCUGUAGACUAUAUGGGGAAUACUUGUCUCCUCUCACGAGGCUGCAAUGGAAAAACCUAAACCACAGACUUUGUUACUAUUGUUACAACUUUUUUGGGUUAUUUUAUUAGGAUCCCCAUUAGCUCUUGCGAAAGCAGCAGCUACUCUUCCUGGGGUCCACACAAAACAUGAAACAUUACAUAAUACAGAACAUGAAUAGACAAUAACAGCAUACAUUUACAAUGUCACACAUAGCCUACAUAUUAGUACAAACACACAAAACUCUUGAUUAUUACUCAAAUUAUGAACAUUGUUAUUGAUGAUGGUAUUAUUAUCUCCUAAAGAAACUAUAUCAAGACUGUUUUAGAUGUACCUGUAUCUUGGCUAUAAGAGAUCUAAUAUGCGGACAGAGUAAGCGUUUGUGCUUUCCAAUGCCCCUCCCACCUCCCUCUCCCUUGCCUUGGCCAACCCAUAGUUUACACAACGCCACCAUGUGGUCAAAUGUACACACACUUACUCAGAGGAGCACUCACACACACCCACACCCACACACACAUCAGACCCACAGCUAUCUAUGUCUUCCUGGUGCUUUUUUGUUUGUUUUGUUUUUAUUUGUUUUGUAUGAGCCCUUGCCUGCAGUUCUAGAUUCUUGAGGGGUUUUGUAGAGCAGGGUACUUAAAACUGAGUUAGGAAAUAGGGGAUUGGGGUAUUUAAUGUCAAAUAUCACAACUUGUAUAAGUGAGAUCUAUUGAAAACAUAAUGUAUGUUUUUGAGUUAAUUAUUGUCCAACCUUGAAAAAAAUAUAUUUAAAAAAAAUAAAAAAUAUUAGGUGCUUUAUAACUGACUCAAACUACACUCAAACAUCAAUAUUUACUGGAAUAUCAUUUGAAGAUCCUACUUUUCCAUUGAGAUGCUAUUGUUUUCUGCCAUUUUGGUCCUAGGAUGUAUUCAUCAGCCAAUGUCCAGACUUUGUACUCUCAUGUCUCUCCAUUGGUCUGUGUCUGUGAAUUUACUAAUCAGUCCUAUUUAUAAGGCACCACACAGGGGACAAACAGACUGAAACCUGGUGGAACUACCUGAAUAAUCAAUAAGAAAUGCUUGUUUAAUUUUCCUUUGCAGAACGUUUCGCUACGUUGUCCCCUAAUGAAUACAACCAUGGUGUAGGUAUAUCAGAUCAAUUGAAUAUAAAUUUAGGUUUUGGGUAAAACUUGCACAUAGAGGGGUCAGACAGGACCACCAUUGAGAACCGUCCCACUGGGCAAAAUGUGGUUGAGUUUGUAUUGUUUCCCUGUUAUUUCAGGAUACUUUUACCAACGUUAUCAUGUUGCAUCAUUGUGGCUAUUUCAUCGAACAUUUCAAAAGUCUGUGGGUUUUUAAAGUAGGUACUUCUAGUAACUCAAGCUUGUUGCAGCAGCAAUAUCAUUCAAAGGUUAGAGGGGUUUCUUUCCCCAACUUCUGUCUCAACUUCCCUUUCUACAAUUCACCUCUGGUGAUUUGGCGUCACUGUUUUUUAUAUUGUAAUUGAGUUUUCACAGAUGCUGGUGCGUUUCCCAUAUGGGACCACUACUCAGUUUGCAUGGGAAAGUUCUGGUCAAUUCCACCUCAAAUUCCAGUCACUUCAACCAUAGUUUCAUUUGCUAUCCUAUAGAGAUUUUUAAUGGAAUUGAGCCCAAUUCGGACUUAUGGUUAAGCAUCAAAUAACUUUGACUAAUACCUGCUUAAUUACAGUAUUGUAGGUGACUAUUCUCCAUACUGCACAUGCCCAUGUAAAUGAUUUGUGAUUCACUACACUGCAUAUUUAGUGCUACUGUAUGGCUUUUACCACAUCACGGUUCCUGACCAGACAGCCUCUUCAAAAGAGAUGGAGAAAGGAAAGGAUACUAGAGAAAGGAAAGGAGACUAGGAAAGAGAUUAGGAGAGGAAACCACUUUAGACUAGUGAGAUGUUUCAGUAGUACUAUGUUGGAAGUUUUUCUCUUAUCCCCUCUACUGGUAAUAGUUUGCACUACAUCUCAAUUGUCCAUGACAGUUUUGGAGGGAAGGAUUUCAUUCUUGAAUGUAGAAGAAACACAUUGUUUUACAUUUUUUUAACCAAGCACCCUGUCAUAUCGCUGCCUGCCAUUGUUGUAGUUUUCUUUAUUUUCGUUAAAUAUCAUCCCUAACUACCUACACUAAAAUUGAGACAAAUGAUUAAAUCUCUAUUAUAUUACAUCUAUUUGUCAUUUCUUUGACAUCAUUUAUUUUUGAAAAUGCUGUUGGUACUUUAACAAAAAAUAAAUGCAUUACCCUUCUGCCUGUGUGGGAAAUAAGUAUAGCCAUCAGGUGAUUCACUCUCUCAAGAUGCCUGUGAAAGUGGAAAAUGUAAUGAUUCCAGUCCAGUAAUAAAAAGUAGCCUAAUCUCUCAUCUAACAACACAUAUUAACUUUGUCAAAUGAGAUCAAUAAGUUUGACAUCCUAUGGUAUUUCAUUCACCACUAGGGGACAUUUAUUAGAGGGGUAACUGUCAAAAGUUGGUGAUUUUGAAAUGAUGAAACCCUGAUGAAGACAGCUUGCUGUCGAAACAUUUGUAAAUAAAUAAUUGCAUCGGA